GUCUACUCAGCUGGAGCAAACGGAGUCUUUGCUGUAGUCGUCGGGUCUCUUCAACUACCUCAUCGUUGCGUGCAGGCUGCUCUCAAAGCGCUUCUUGCAGCUCCUGAUCAUUGCUACUGCCGCCUCCUGAUUGUUGCUGAGAAAAGAAGGAAGAAUGGUAGGAGGAGGUUCGACGGCUUCCUCACUCUCGCUGGAGCAGACACCAACAUGGGCAGUUGCUGCUAUAUGUCUCUUAUUCAUUGCUGUUUCAUUUCUUCUUGAAAAUCUUAUCAGCAGUCUUGGAAACUGGUUAAGGAAGAAGAGGAAGAAAGCGCUGAGUGAAGCACUGGAGAAGAUAAAAUCAGAGCUAAUGCUGCUAGGCUUUCUUUCCCUUCUUCUUGCCGUGGCUCAACUGCCCUUGUCGCACAUCUGUGUCCCCGCCGACGUUGCCGAUAAAAUGCUUCCAUGCGAAAAGACAUACGCAACGAAAAAGUUGCCUCAAAAUGCUCAUUACAGGAAUUCACUAUUGACAGGCAACGACUCCAGUUAUGGACAUGAUAAUGGGAUACCCAAUUAUGCUCCGUAUGCUGAACAGAAGUCCGGGAACAGUACGCAGGCGUCUGAUCCAUGUAGUGAAAAUGGGUUGGUGACUUUGAUCUCGCAGGAAGCCAUUCACCAGCUCCAUCUUUUCAUAUUCGCUCUAGCAGUGAUGCAUGUAACCUAUACCAUUCUAACAAUGGCCCUUGGCAGAGCAAAGAUAAGAAGAUGGAAACAUUGGGAGAAAGAAACGCAGACUACUCAUUAUCAAGUUUCAAAUGAUCCUCAACGGUUUCGGUUCUUAAGAGAAACAACGUUUGGAAGAAGGCACAUGAGUUCUUGGUCACGGGCAACUGCACUACUCUGGAUUAAAUGUUUCUUUAGGCAAUUCUACAGUUCUGUGGAGAAAGUCGAUUAUCUUACACUAAGGCAUGCAUUUAUAUCGACACAUUUGCCGACCAACUCGUACUUUAAUUUUCAUGAAUACAUCAAGAGGUCAUUGGACAACGAUUUCAAGGCUAUUGUGGGAAUCAGCCCGAUCCUGUGGUUACUUCUUGUAUUGUUCCUUCUGCUCAAUGUACACGGAUUAUCCCUAUAUUUCUGGCUGUCGUUUGUCCCACUAGUUAUAGUGUUGGUGGUAGGAGCAAAGCUGCAGGUGAUAGUGGCGCAGAUGGCUCUGCGGCUGCAGGAAGAGAAAAGUGUGAUAAUGGGGACGCCAUUGGUUCAGCCUACCAACGAGCUCUUCUGGUUCGGCCGCCCCCAGCUCGUCCUCUUUCUCAUUCACUUGACACUUUUCCAGAAUGCCUUUGAAUUGACCUUCUUCAUCUGGAUAACAUUUCAAUUUGGAUUGAAAUCAUGUUACCACGAGAAUUUUGAGAUAAUCGUUGUGAGAGUCGUGCUGGCGUUGGUAGUGCAGUUUGUCUGCAGCUACGUGACGCUUCCUUUAUAUGCACUGGUCACCCAGAUGGGUUCACACUUCAAAGAGUCCAUAUUCAAUGAACAAACCAUGAAUGCCUUAAGAAGGUGGCUUAGGGACGUGAGGGAGAAGAAGAAGCAGACUCCUGGUACAGCAGACAACUCACCUCCCCUGGCUACAACGUUGUAACCAUUCCACCGCAUCAAACUCCACGCCGACGCUUCAGUCCACGCUCGCCCUAAGAUCACCCACUGGUGGGAAGACAAAAAUCACCAAUGCGGAGGAUGCACCUGCACAAGCAAAACACCAACACCAGUGAUGAAGGUUACAUGUCAACAGACUCGUGGGAUCUUAAAUAGCAUUCGCCCAACUGGAAGCCGCAUUACCCCCUCCCCUCAACCAGACGUCCGACACGCUGUUGUAUAAGUUCAUACUGUGGAGACAAAAGAAUAUUUUAUUAGUCCUUGGAUUUUUCACUAAGGGGAAUGUAUUUUAUUCACAAUAGCAAAGUAUGAUAGAGAAUCCCUUCUUAUUCU